AUGAUGACGCACUGUCUCGCCAUGGUAUCAUACAGCCCAAACUCGGUAACCGUCCGCAGACAAAUCUCCUCCAACCGCGCCUUGACAAGCACCAAGCCCACACUCUCCAUCAGCUUGCGUCCUUCGACCUCUGGUCCCCCACCCGGCCCCCUCUGCUCCUGCCCCAUGGAAUCCACCAAGCGCGUCAAAAACCCUCGUCGCGACACCGCUGCAUUUCCCGACGAUUCUGCGGCACUCCCUGCCAUGCUCCUAAUGGGACUCGUCGGACUUCUCAGCCGCGAACUCGCAUUCAGCGUCUCCCUCAGCACGCGCUCGAGCUCAUCAAUGACAGCCUGUGGUCUCCAGAACUCGGUGCUAUUCAUUUGGCCCUCGAGCCGGACGACCUUGGGUGCUUCUUCGGAGGAGAAGCCAAUGACUUCGACGGGGCCGGUGGAGGGGCCUGGCGUGUCGAAGCUGAAUUCUGAUUUUUCUUCAAUGGGGGGGAGGGGGAUGUCGGAGGGGAGGAGGGCGAGGGUGGUGCGGGCUAUGCCGUAG